UGAGCGAGAGCUAAACCCUGGAGAGGCCCAGGAAGCCGAGAGGGGGGAUGCGGUAGCCAAGGGUCCAUCCUGCUCCGCCCUGGAUUAAAAGCCUUGGCAUCUGAACGUUAUGAAGGGGUGGCGGGAUUGUCUGCGGGGCUCGAGAUCUCGGGGGUCCGCGUGGAGGCAGGAGUUGUGGGGAGCGCACAGGGUCUGACCAGAAUAUUUGAUGAAAAUGUCACUUGAAAAUAUCAUAUGCUUUUCUGAAAACUGAAGGAAAGAUACAUCGUACUGAUGAAAGAAAUGUCCUUCCCACAGUACAUAGAUGGAGAGCUGUAAAUCUGCUUGUACAGGAGAAAGGAAGAAGCUCCAGAUAAUUGGACUAGAACUCUGAGCUGGUCACCGAUAGGCCUUCGCUCCUGGCAUCAAGCCCACAGUUGUGUGGAGUUGUUUUUUUUAGCGCCCUUUGGGUGGAUUCAAUAGCACAGGAGGGCAAGGGCAUGAAAAUAGAGGAGGCUCCCAAAAUAGCAAGACAAUAAUGGGGGUUAGGGGGUGGGGGAAGGGAUAAGCAUGGAUUUGGAAAUAUCCCCAGCAAGAUAAAAUACCUGAUUUGAGUACAUAGGUGUGUGACAAACUAAGUGUGUGAGGUAGAGGUUCAGGCAACAUUUGACAAGGAGGUGUGCCUGGUACAGAAAAUGGAGAAGGUGCCGGCAGGGCUGGGAUCAACAGAGGCAUCAGAACAAGCAGGGAGGGAGCGUUUUGCUAUUCAGCCAAGGAUCAGAUGGGAACUACCCCAUGGAGCAAUGUUACAGCCAGAGAACAUGCCUACCCAGUGGUGGGAAUACCUGAAGGCUCUUCCUUCUCCGGCCAUGGUAUGGGGCAGCCCAGGCCUCCCAGAUAUGACUUCUUGGGAUGACUUGAUCACUUUUGAGAGAGUGUUUGGAGUCUGUCAGUGGCCCAGAGGUGACGGGGUGACCAGGCUGAAGCCGGCAUUCAGGGCAGAAGGCCAGCAAGCGCUGAGCGGCAAGAGCGCUCGAGGCAAAAAAGCCUGUGGGAAAGUCAAGGCCAUCUUCCUGCACGAAAACUUGCCCAGCACGGAGCUACACCGCCUGCGCUUCAGGCAAUUCUGUUACCAGGAAGCCGAGGGGCCUCGGGAGGUCUGUGGCCGCCUGCGGGAACUCUGCCAUUGCUGGCUGGAGCCAGAGCGCCGCACCAAAGAGCAAAUUGUCGAGCUGCUGAUUUUAGAGCAGUUCUUGACCGUCUUGCCUCAGGACAUCCAGAACCAGGUCAGGGAACGUAGCCCAGAGACCUGUGCCCAAGCAGUGGCCCUGGCCGAAGGCUUCAUUUUGCGGCAGCAAGAAGAGAAGCAGCAGGAGGUGCAGGGGACUCGAUCGUCUCAAGAUGUGGCUGUGGAUUUUUCAAAAGCACGGAAAGUGUCAGUGGAGGUCAGGCAGCAGCAAUCGGGCACCCGGAGAAGGAGGGGGGAUAUUGUUAACCUCUCAAUGGGUGUCAAUCUAGCUAGCAAGCUGGAACAGCAGCAUCUGGAGUGCAAGGAAAAGGGGAGUGUGGCAGCCCAUCCAGUCUCAGGGGGAACCCAAAGAAGAGAGAAAAGCCAUGUAUGUAUCGAAUGUGGCAAAAGCUUCACUCGCCCUUCAGAUCUGGCAAAACACCUGAACGUUCACACAGGCGAAAGGCCCUACCUUUGUGUCGAGUGUGGGAAAAGCUUUAGCCAGCUUUCCCACCUCACAAGGCAUCAGAAAAUCCACUCGGGGGAGAAGCCUCACAUUUGUUCUGAGUGUGGAGAUACCUUCAGCCAACGAGCAUAUCUUGUCAGCCAUCAGAGGAGUCACUCAGGAGAGCAGCCCUACCACUGUUCCUAUUGCCAGAAAUGCUUCAGCCACCAGUCGGCCCUGAAGAUCCACGAGCGGAACCACAUGGGCCAGAAGCCCUACGCCUGCACUGACUGUGGGAAACGGUUUGUGUCCUCCUCUUCCCUCACGACACACAGAAGGAUCCACACGGGAGAAAAACCCCACGCCUGUGGGGUGUGUGGGAAAAGGUUCAUCCAACACUCCAACCUGGUCUCCCACCAGCGAACGCACUCGGGGGAGAAGCCCUUCUGCUGUAAGGUAUGCAGCAGGAAGUUUGCCUACCCUUCGGAUCUUACCCGGCACCAAAAAAUCCACACAGGAGAGAAACCUUACGCCUGUGAUGAGUGUGACAGAAGAUUCACCAGGCUGUCUGAUCUCAUUACACACCAACGUAUCCAUACGGGAGAAAAACCGUACCGCUGCCUUGAGUGUGGGAGAAGAUUCAGGCAGAGGGGCGUGCUGGUGAAACACCAGAGGUGCCAUUCAAAAGAAAAUCCAAAAGGAAGUGAGGCUCUCCAGACCACGGAGUCCCAAGCUAAAAGUCCAUUCAAAACUCAUGAGGUAAAACUGGUGAAAGAACUGGGAGAUCAGGAGGAGGAACCCAGCUUGAGUCUCUCUCCCAGCCCCUGAUGCUCCUCACUCUUAUACUGCUGCUUACAGAGGGAUCAAUCAUUCUAUAGGAUAAAGAAACAACUCCUUUUUCUAUUCCUCUACUACUGACUAGGAAGUGGACAUGAAGGUUGACGAUGACACAACAACAGCGUAAUGAAGCUCAUCGUGCUCUCUGUUUGUGUUUUUAUAAAUAACACUCCAAAAAGAGAAGGGGCAUUUAUAGAUGGAAUUAUAACUUCAGGAGAGAAAAAGCAGGAAGAUUAUAUGGCUGGUUUUCCUUUAUCUGCAAACAGUAAUUGUUUGAAGCAGCUUAAAUAAUGCAGAUGACUCUGUGCAGCAGUUGGAGUAAACCAUUUCCAAGUAAUUAACUGUCCUUUGCUAGCCAGGUAAAAGAGGAAUAGUUCUCUUUUCAGAAAGAAUAGCUUCCGAACAACUCAAAUGAGACAGAAACUUGACAUAAUUAGUAUGUUCAAGGCUUGGUUAGGACAAUAAUUGCUUUUACUCUAUAUGGUGAUUUAAAUGCAGUUUUUCUCUGCCUAGGAAAUAUCAGGAAGAAACUGGAAAAGCAGACAGAUCAUCAUAAGGUCAGCAGGCCUCAGCCAAUAUAGAGGAGCACUGCUGGGAUAAUGGUAUGAGCUGGUAAUCUUUCUAGAUUGGCAACUAUGAUAGCUAUGUGUCAGUUUCUACUUCUUUAUAUUAAAACCGAAGCAGCUGUCAGUCCUUCUGGGAUACUGGAUGUCAUCCUCUCAUUUCUGCCCUAGCUCAUCUCCAGUAGAAUUUGAAGGAUGAGAAUGUGAUAAGGAUAAGAUUUUUUAUCAGGUUGGGCCACUGAUGGCUAACCUUUUUGCCAUUGUGUACCAAACGCAGGGGGAGCACGGGGGGGGGGGGUCGUGCGCGGGUGUGCCCACACCCAUAAUUCUAAGUGCAUGACCCCCUGCGCAUGCAUGGUUGAUCCCAGCCUCCCUCCGCUUUUGGCGCGCGAUGGUCCCUUUUUUCACCCUCCCCAGGCCCCAGAGGCUUUCUAGGAGCCUGGGGAGGACGAAAAUAGC